AUGAGUGAAUUUCAGCAUUCCUGUCAGAAUGGUACACCAGGCUUGUUUAACAGAUCUUGGAGUGGAUGGCACCAUUGCCAGGUGAUAGGUGCUGUAGAGGCAAUUAUCCUUCCCUCUCUGUUUGGGAUUAUCUGUUCAACAGACUUAGUUGGAAACAUCCUCAUUGUGUGCACAAUAAUAAGGUAUGGAAGACAAACUAUACCAGAUAUCUACAUCUGCAAUCUAGCUAUAGCAGAUUCAGUUCAUAUCAUUGACAUGCCCUUUCUCAUUCACCAGUGGGCACAUGGAGGCGAGUAGAUUUUUGGCAGCCCUCUUCACACCAUCAUUACCUCCCCGGACACAUGUAACCAGUUUACAUGCAGUGCCAUUAUGACCACAAUGAGUUUGGACAGGUACCUCACUCUUGUCCAGCCAUUUCAUCUAAGCCAUCCUAGAACAAGAUAAAAGACAAUUUGAAUCAAUUUAUGUUAAUGGGUGGCAUCGCUUAUUCGGAUGUUCCCUGUGUGGGUCUACUCAAAAGUAAUCAAGUUCAAAGAUGGUUUGGAAAGUUGCACUUUUGGUUUAACCUCACCUGAUGAUGUUCUCUGGUAUACACUUUAUGUUACUGUAACAACUUUCUUUUUUCCUUUAUCACUGAUUUUUAUUUGCUAUAUUUUCAUUUUAUGUUACACAUUGGAGAGGUAUCAGCAAAACAAGCAAGCAGGAAGGUAAAGUAUCUCCAGGCAAAGAAUGUUGAGGCUUACUAAGAUGGUGCUUGCUCUAGUCAGCAUGUUUGUGGUAAGCGCUGCCCCAUUCUAUGUGAUCCAGCUCAUGAAUCUUCAGGUUUCUCAACCAACCCUGACCUUCUAUGUAAGCUACAUCUCCAUCUGCCUCAGCUAUGCCAGCAGCAGCAUUAAUCCCUUUCUCUAAAUCCUGCUUAGUGGGAACUUCCAGAAGCGUCUCUGGCAGUGCGCAAACGCGGAAGUCAGGAUGGCAGAACAGGAUGUUAAUGUCAUUGAAAACACCCUCAAGUCAAGUUUUUGA